AUGGAAAAUAAGCAGGCGGACGUUUUGGCAAACUUGGCUGUGGCCUUGAUGGUUCUGGAUGAUGUAUCUCUUAGUAUAUCACUUUGUCGAAGAUGGGCCGAGGCUAUCGAUUUAGGGGAGGCUAAGAAAGAGAGUGUGGUGGACUUCAUCCGCACUCAUAUCAUCUAUCGGUACGAUAUCCCCUACCAAACCGUGACAGAUAAUGGGAGACAGUUCUCCAAUAGCUUGAUGGACAGAUUAUGUGAGAAAUUCAAAUUCAAGCAAUACAAGUCGUCCAUAGAUUGGCAAGAAAAGAUUGGUGAAGCGUUGUGGGCUUAUCGCACCACUCAUCAUACCCCUAUAGGAGUCACUUCAUACUCUCUCGUUUAUGGGGUAGAGGAUGUCCUUUCCUUGGAAAGAGAAAUUCCACCGCCAAGAAUGACGAUACAAGAAGAGUUGACUAUAGAAGACAAUGCUAAGUUGCGUCUCCAAGAAUUGGAAGCACUAGAUGAGAAAUGA